AUACACCUUUUCUUCGUGUUAAGUUUGACAACGGCCAAUUUGUACGGACGACUCGUUCUAUGGCAACGUAGAACCUAAACCAGUCACGAACGUGUCGGGACUAUCUUGGUAGGAGAGCAGUAUGCAUUAAAUAAAAAAAGCGUGACGAUGUUUUAGUGCUCCUUUCAAUGUAUGUAUAUAGGACCUCUGGAGAAUAGCAAGAAGGUUAGCUAAUAUGUGCAAGGCGAGCAAGCUAACGUGCUAGCAGUGGUAACGUUAUUCAGGGUUUAACGUUACUGAUGUUAAAUAGUCCGCAGCUGCCAGAGUUGGCUAGUCUGAAUGGCACAGCUAACAAGCUAACUAUGACCAGUGGGUCAUCGCCUGAAUUUGUGCGAAGUCAGUCUGCAUACAGACUUUAAGAGGAAUAAAUGAAGAGGCAUGGAAAGUAACAGGGAUGUCAUUUCGAGGACGGGGUCUUCGGGUUAUUUACAACUGGAUACCCAUAGUAUAGGAUUAGCUUGUUUUCUACGUGGAAUGACACCGUUCAGCUGCCUCAAACACGGGCGUCGGUGAUGCUUUCGAUUGCUGGCCAAAUGCCCCGGUUGUCCGAAUUGGGACAGAGCACCCAAACUACAUUAUAAAUCAUGAAAAACUGCGAGUAUCAGCAAAUCGACCCGCAGGCACUUCCGACACCAACCCCGACCCCACCACCUCAUCAUGGAAACGACAGCGACAAGAGAGAGGAGCCGAAAAGACCGAGGAGAAAGUGGGAAGUUUUCCCCGGAAAGAAUCGCUUCUACUGCGAUGGACGGAUCAUAGUGGCCCGACAGAAUGGGGUCUUGCCCCUCACUCUCGGCCUUAUUCUCGUCACAAGUGGAUUAUUCUUUAUAUUUGACUGCCCCUUCCUGGUCAAACACCUGACCAACUGCAUACCUGUUAUUGGAGGAGGCCUCUUUGUGUUUGUGGUCAUCACCCUGCUCCAGACCAGCUUCACUGACCCUGGCAUCCUGCCCAGAGCAACGCCAGAUGAGGCUGCAGACAUUGAGAAACAAAUUGACAACACUGGAAACUCCAGCUAUCGGCCUCCACCGCGCACCAAGGAAGUCCUUAUCAACCAGCAGGUGGUGAAGCUCAAGUAUUGCUUCACCUGCAAGAUGUUCCGGCCUCCGCGCACCUCCCACUGCAGCCUGUGUGACAACUGUGUGGAGCGAUUUGACCAUCACUGCCCUUGGGUGGGGAACUGUGUGGGAAAACGCAACUACCGUUUCUUCUACACCUUCAUCGUGUCGCUCUCCUUCCUCACAGCGUUUAUCUUCGGCUGUGUGACCACACAUCUAGCCCUGAGGGCUCAAGGUGGAAAAGGCCUGGUGUUUGCUCUGCAAGAGAGUCCAGGCAGUGCAGUGGAGCUGGUGAUAUGUUUCUUCUCAGUCUGGUCCAUCUUGGGCCUCUCAGGCUUCCAUACAUACCUGGUUGCUUCCAACCUGACCACUAAUGAAGACAUUAAAGGCUCCUGGUCAGGCAAGAGUGGAGAAGAUGUCACCAACCCAUACACGCAUAAAAACAUCUUUAUCAAUUGUUGUUCUGUGCUCUGUGGACCCAUGCCACCCAGCUUGAUCGACAGACGAGGUUUCCUGCCCAUGGAUGAAUCUUCCCAGACAGUUAGCGCGGACAUCAACCUGCCCACUCUGGCCACUAAAAGCGAGAUAAACGUGUGCACACAGGGAACUAAAGGUCUGCUGGAGUCGGCCACUCGCUCUCCGCUCAUGUCCACCUCGUGCCCUCAUGGGAAACCUCAGACAGCUCAUACCUGCCCAGACAACAGCCCCGCAGUGAACUCUGACCCCUCACCGGAGCUCUCCAUGAACUGCGGGGCCCGCAAUAUUGCUAGCUCCCAAGGCGACACCUCUCCACCACGUCACACCAAGAGUCGGUCAAAGAAAAAUAAACGAGCGGCUUUGCACAUUCCCAACCCUGCCUUUGACGUCCCUGUUUCCCCAACCUCUCCGGACGCUGGCCCCAGCUCCAAAGCUAGGGGCCACAAAGGUGCCAGCUUUGUCCCUUUGCACUGACUGACUUGAAUGACGGCUUUCUCAAGUGAAAACACACAUUGUUUAAGCUUGCAUGCUGUAACACAGUCAGAUACAGGUGGUAUGAAUUCAAAAUGUUCUUUAUUGUUUGUUGGUUCUCUGGGUCUAUUCAUUGUGUAUGAGGAUGACAAUCACAAAAAUAUGGAAUUAUGUGAUUGCAGUGGAAAUAGGAACACUAGAGCAAAUUGGAUGAAGAUUAUUAAGUAAAGGUUGCAACUUAGCCUUUGGUGUAGAAUGAAAAACAUGAAAAGAGAAAAUUUGCAAGAUGGAGGGCCUGGUUAUUGACAGAGCCAUAUGUCUUUCUGAUGAUUCUCAUGUAAAACGUGAAUUUUACCAGCAUGUCAGAUCCAUCAAUACAAACAUAUUUUUGUGAAAUAGUGGCUUUGAUGUAUCAGGUGGACAAACUCUGGGAGCUUGAAAAGCUUCUUAUGGAGGGUUAAAGCUCAGAAUGUGUUUGCAUCUGUAGGGAGAAAAGUUGCUCUUAAAGGGAAAGUCCAUCCCAAAUAGAUAAUUCACAUAUGGAAUUUCUAUAACUUUGUGCUGCUCAGUUUAUAGUGUGAAUUUGAGCCAGUCUCUCCUUAAACUGAAGAGACAGUUUGUCCUGAUGACAUCAUCUUGAGACAUAUAGGCAGUGAAUAAUUGAACCAGUCAUGGGACUCUGACAGCAGCCAAGGAUGUGGGGACAUUUUGACAUCCAUAUCUGAAAGCUCUGCGUUCAAAUCGAACUCGGUUGGAUGUACAGAUGGGUGACAAAUUAAAAGAAAAACCAACAUAAAUAGUUUUAUUAGGAAUAUCUUCAGUGAUCAUUGUCAUAGAGUCUCUGUGGAACUGUACUGGAGGGACAAACAUCUUUCUUCCAGAUAGAAGACAUUCCCUCAUUUGGUUUUUUGAUGAUGAUACUGGAGACCAGUUUGAAUUUCCAACCGCAGCUCAGACUUUCAGGAACCCCUCAUUAACUGUAUGGCAACUAUGGCAACUUGAGGCGAUUAGAUUUUUUGCAGAUGUGUUUGGUAAUAUGAACCGCUAAAGCACGAUAUCAACUGACAUGAUUUGGGCCGUAAAAGGUGUCCAGUAUGCUUCAAAUGAUUGUUGGAACGUCGAAGGUCGUCUGAAACCAACUCCCCCCGCACCUUACUGAUGUAGCACUUGGGUUGGGGUGGCAUCCAACAAUUUCAGUGACUUUCCAAAAACCGACAAUUUGACAAGCAUACCCACUUGACACAAUGAUUGCACCCUUAUCCCUUUUGAAACUAUUAAUGGUGUCUCGCCUCUCUCUGUAACAGCAGUGUUUUUAUGAGUGUGGCUGUCCGUUACAGCUAUAAACACUUUUGCCUUUUGACGCGUGUUCUAACACCACUUUGUUUGUUUCAGCAUACCCUAACCUUAAGGCAGGUGUUUGCAUAUUUUUUUUAAAAUCAAGAUUCAAGAUUCUGUACUUUAUUGCUAUUUCAACAUAGUUUUUAAGAAGUUAUUAAACUGUAGUCAUUUAUUCAUCAAGUUACUAUAAGCUAAUUGACACAUAGCAAACCUGGAGCCAGGUAGUAUUCUAGCAGUGAAGAACUUGAUGGGUACUUAAAAACAACUAAAUACAUACAUUGCUAUACUUCUCCACACAUUCAUUCAGGUUUUCAUUUGUCGCCCAUCUGUAAUAUCUCAAAGAAAGCUUUAUGGGUCCUUUGAGUUCAGUUAAUUAUUUAUGGCGACUGUAAUGGCUCAGCAGAGAAACAGGUUUGAACCCUGAUGCACGAGACAGACAGGAUAAGUAAAAGUUCACGUUCACUUGUGGUCAAAAUACAAAAGUCCAGACCUGGCAGGCAAAUGGCUAGAAAGCUAAGGCAGAGGAACAAAAGACAAUCUGCAAAGAGUGAAUGGGAAUGGACCAGUGUAUAUACUGCAGGGCUGAUGGGAAAAGUGGGAACAGGUGUGCAGGUAGGUGGGGAGAUCAGGUGAAGGGUAGAGUUAGUAUAGAGAGGUGAAGUCCCACCCAUUCCAGUGUCCCCCAUGGGACCUUAUUUUGGAAAAAAUAUGUAAGUGAUGUUUGUCAAUUUAAAAGACAAUUUUUCAUGUCAAGAAAGUUGCAGUUUGUCGUAGGGUUAUCGUAGUACUAUUUAGUUUUGUGUGAAACCGCUCAGUGAACUACAUCUCUCGCUCGCACAAUACACGUCACCAACACAACAUGGCCGUCCCUUGCGACGUUAGCUUACCUGAUGUGUUUUAUCCAGCGACUCCCGGUCCUUUUAUCAGCCGGGAAGUGAAAGAACGAACAAGACCCGUUGCUAGUGUGAACGGUCUUGUGAUGUCAUUGUCACGGCUUUCUUUGUUUAAAGGUGUUGACUUUACUAACCAAAAUGUUGAAAUUGCACACGUGAAUUCUGUUUUUGUGUGGACUUUCCCUUUAACUUUGCACAAACAACACAGUGACUUAAGUGUGUAUCAGUUGUAUCGGUGCGUGCUGUUGUUCAGAUUUCUAUGCUGUAUAAAUGGCAUUGAAUGCAACUGCAUGAUAAUAACUAAAGACAUAUUUUAUGGUAUUUUUGUUUAUUUACAUCCAUUCAAACAUCCCAUUAUACACCUGAGAGGUCCUAUACCACUUUUUGUAGGAAAGCUGUGAUUUGGAUUCCUGAAUAUAGUUGUGUUGUUCAUUGCCUGUGCUGCACCGCCGUCUGCUCGUGAUGUCACAAAUAUCUCACAAUGAUUUCAAGCUGCCUUUCAAAUCUCCACUUUCUGCUCACACUUUGUAUCAGCAACAGCAAUACCUGUUCUCUCCUCCUUAAAAUGAUUUAACUUUGUGCGCUUUGACAAAUCUGUGAAGAUCUAUGUGAAGGGGCGGGUGUGUUGCUUUGUUCUCAGGGGGAAAGCUGUAGGGGUUAGGUAUUCAAUAUGCAAGUUCUAUGUGACAUAUAUCAUGUUUAUCAACGUUGUAACCUGAUGGCAAUAGCAGCACAAAAAUGCAAUGAUCCGAACAAUCAUCUCCGUGGACUAAAACGUAGGCAUGCACACCCACCCACCCACGCACGCACGCACGCUUGCGCGCGCGCACACACACACACACACACACACACACACACACACACUGUUCGUCUGUAGUUCACCUUAAGAGUGAUAACACUGAGUAGAGCAGCAUCACUUCGUGUGCAGUAUGCGCUGUGUCAAAAGUCAUCCCAACACCUUCUGGAUGAUGGUGAGAGUGAAUGCAAGCAAUGCAUUUCUGAUGAGAAAAACACUGUACUGUAUUUGUACGAACUGUAUGGUUAUUUAAGCCAAUGCUCCUGUCUAAAUAAAGGAGAAGGAAAAUAAAGUUCAAUGAAAUGAA